UUGAAAUUAAAUUUUAAUAAGGAUAGGAUUUGAGUUCGGUAGAGGUCCAUCCUAAACUGGACCGAGCUCGCCUAAAUUUUUUCUGGUGAUGCGAUGAGAGUGGCCGUGUUAAUUUGCUGUUAUAUGCUUGUUGGCUAUGAACGUUCCAACGAUUCUCUCUAAUAGAAAGCUUUCUAAUUGGAUUUUGAGAAUCAAGGAGGCAUCAUCUAAUAGAAAAUUCCAUGAAGUGAUUUCACACUAUCUUGAACUAAAAAUUGCAGGAGCUCAACCAAUAGAUGAUUCUCUCUUUCCUCCCAUUCUCAAAGCAUUACCAUAUGUUUCCCCUAAGUAUGGAAGGUCUGUUCAUGCUUGCUUGAUCAAGCGAGGAUUUGAAUCAUUUACUUCCAUUGGGAAUUCCAUCAUGAGUUUUUACGUCAAGUGUGGAGAUUUGGAUACUGCAGUGAGCGUUUUUAAUUCCACGAAAAGCAGAGAUUCAGUUUCUUGGAAUAUUUUGAUUCAUGGGUUUCUUGAUCAUGGUGCCUUGGUUGAAGGGUUGUGGCAAUUCACUAGUGCUAGGGUUGCCGGGUUUGAACCCAAUAUUUCCACAUUGGUGCUUUUAAUUCAAGCAUGUCGUAAUCGUAGAGCGAAGCUUGAAGUGCUGCAAUUACAUGCUUACCUAAUUCAGAGUGGGCUUUGGGCCAUUUCUUCCAUUCAAAAUUCCUUGCUUUGCAUGUAUGCAGAUGAUGACAUGGAAUGUGCAAGAAAUAUGUUUGAUGAAAUGCGUGAGAAAGAUGCCAUCUCUUGGAGUGUGAUGAUUGGUGGUUAUGUGCAGAGACUGGAAGUUCAGACUGGGUUGCAGAUGUUUAAAGAGAUGGUAUCAAACCCUGCGAUUGAACCAGAUGGAGUGACCAUGGUCACUGUUCUUAAAGCCUGUGCCUAUUCAGUAAACAUAGAUAUGGGUAGAUUGGUGCACGGGGAUUUGAUUCGCAGAGGUUUAGAUAAUGAUUUGUUUGUCAAGAACUCUUUGAUUGAUAUGUAUUCUAAUUGCUAUGAUACUGAUUCUGCAUUUAAUGUUUUCAAUGAGAUGUCUAGGAAGAACAAUGUCUCAUGGAAUUCUAUGUUAUCUGGAUUAGUCCUUAAUAAGAAUUAUUCAGAAGCUCUAUCACUGAUUUGUUCAAUGCAAAAGGAGGGGACUGAGGCAGAUGAAGUGACUUUGGUGAAUAUUCUUCAAACCUGCAAGUACUUUGCUCACCCAUAUCAGUGCAAAGCAGUCCACUGCGUGAUAAUCCGUUGGGGAUGUGAAUCUAAUGAAUUACUGCUCAGUUCUCUCAUUGACGCUUAUGCAAAGUGCAACCUUAUUGAACUUGCAUGGGAAGUCUUUGUUGGGAUGAGGAGGAGAGAUGUGGUUGUAUGGAGCACAAUGAUUGCUGGGUUUGCACAUUGUGGUAUGCCUGACAAAGCAAUAAUGGUCUUCCAAGAGAUGAAUGAGGCAACAGAGAUUCCUAAUGCAGUGACCAUUAUAAAUCUUCUUGAGGUUUGUUCAGUUUCAGCUGAAUUGAUGAGGUCAAAGUGGGCACAUGGUGUUGCAAUUCGAAGAGGUUUAGAUGCAGAAGUGGUGGUUGGAACUGCAAUUGUUGUUAUGUACUCCAAAUGCGGGGAAAUAGACGCGUCAAGAAAGGCCUUCAAUCAAAUUCCACAGAAAAAUAUAGUAACAUGGAGUGCCAUGAUAGCUGCAUAUGGUAGGAAUGGUCUUGCAUGUGAAGCCUUGGCAUUGUUUAAUGAAAUGAAAUUGCAUGACGUCAAGCCAAAUGCUCUAACCAUUGUCUCAGUGCUUGCUGCUUGUAGUCACUGUGGAUUAGUUGAAGAGGGGCUUGCUUAUUUCAAAUCAAUGGUCGUAGACCAUGGGCUUGAACCGGUGUCUGAACAUUACUCGUGUGUGGUUGACCUGUUAGCUCGUGCAGGAAAUCUCGAUAGUGCAAUGGAAUUGAUCAAGAUGAUGCCUGAAAGUUCUAAGGCUGGUGCGAGUGUUUGGGGGGCACUACUGAGUGCUUGCAGAAACUAUGGGAACACUAAGCUUGGCAAAGGAGCUGUCUCUUGUGUUCUUGACCUGGGGCCUACGAACUCGGCUGGUUAUUUAUUGGCAUCAAGCAUGUAUGCUGCAGAUGGUUUGUGGGGUGAUGCAGCUAGGAUGAGAUUGUUAGCCAAGAAGAGAGGAGCAAGGGCUGUUGCUGGUUACAGCUUAAUUGUCGAUAGCAAGGCGAGUAGGUCUGUUGCUGGAGACGAGUUUCACCCAGAAGCAGGUGAUAUGAGCCAUAGGCUACAUCAUCACCUGCAUGAGAGGCUUGAUGAAAUAAAAAAGCAUGGUUUUUGUUGGAUACUAGCGUUUUGCACUUUGGAGAAAGAGUCUCUUUGGUACAGGGUGUGCAUAGUUAUUGGAGCUCCUGAACCGAAUUGAAGAAACAUAUUGAAUUGAAUAUAACCAUACCGACUUGAACUUAUUUUACUGUUUUGAUUCAAUUUUUUGGCUUUUGUUAAAAACCGACUUAGAACUGUAUCAGAUUCAUGUAGAACUAGAAUCAAAUUGACAAACUGAUUUUAUAUUUUUUUUUCUAUAAUUUUUUAAGAUUAUUAUAUACUUUAAUGUAAAUAUAUGUUUAUAUAGAUAUUACCUGA